GCGAACGCGCGGUGUUGUGUUGUGUGUGAUUAUGCAGUGAGUGAGGUGCCGGACAUCAUGAGGCUGUCACUGCACGUUGCGGUGGUCCUGCUGGCGGUGUACCACACCUGCCGAGCGGAUCGACCGGUGCGCGCCAUCCCUAACUAUGCCAGCCAGAACUAUGCUGUUCUUGGCGAACCUAUCAAUGAUGCUCUGAAUGAGGACGGGUACUUCUAUCCGAAGCCCAAGAUCCCGUUCCCGCCGCCUCCGCCGCCACCGGCGCCGACAAGGCCGCCCCCGCCACCACCACCACCUCCAACGCUACCACCGACUAGACCACCCCCGCCACCACCGCCACCGCCGACAAGGCCGCCACCGCCGCCGCCCCCGCCACCGACAAGGCCACCUCCACCUCCACCACCGCCUCCAACAAGGCCACCUCCACCUCCGCCGCCGCCUCCAACCAGGCCGCCACCACCACCACCAACUAGACCACCAACGCCCCAACCAACAACAGAAUUUGAAGGAUACACAUAUGACAAGCCUCGUAUACCAUUCCCGCCUCCACCACCACCUCCACCAAGGACUCCACCGCCACCACCACCAACAAGACCACCACCACCUCCCCCUCCAUCCCCAACCAGGCCACCACCACCUCCUCCACCACCACCUACGAGACCACCACCACCACCUCCUCCACCUCCAACAAGGCCACCUCCUCCACCACCACCACCUCCAACUCGACCACCACCACCUCCACCUCCACCACCAACAAGACCACCACCACCUCCUCCUCCUCCACCAACUAUAGCACCACCUCCACGGACCAACCCACCGCCAUCUUCAACUGGUUAUGUGUAUGAGACUCCUAGAGUACCAUUCCCGCCACCUACACAGCCUCCAACUUAUCUUCCUCCAACUAGACCUACUCCACCUCCAACUAGACCUACUCCACCUCCUACUAGACCUACUCCACCUCCUACUAGACCCACUCCACCUCCUACAAGACCAACUCCACCACCAACGCAACCUCCUACUUACCUACCGCCUACAAGACCAACACCACCCCCUACAAUACGCACGCCUCCGCCUACUAGACCUACUCCACCACCCACUCAACCUCCAACGUAUCUACCCCCUACGAGACCAACUCCUCCUCCUACAAGACCACCUACUUACCUACCACCUACUAGACCUACGCCACCCCCUACUCCACGCACACCACCUCCUACUAGACCCACUCCUCCCCCAACACAACCUCCAACUUACUUACCCCCUACAAGACCAACGCCGCCACCAACAAGGCCAACUCCGCCACCAACUAGACCAACGGCGCCACCAACAAGACCAACACCGCCACCAACAAGACCGCCAACAAGACCACCAACAAGACAACCAACAUAUAGCAUAAUUUUGGACGACAACAGAACAACAGGUUAUUACUAUUCCACACCAAAAGUUCCAUUUACUUUACCGACCAGACCACCUCCUCCCCCCACUACUCCUAGACCACCACCACCACCUACAACUAGAAGACCUACGCCACCCUCCACCUAUCUACCACCUACUAGACCAACCCCUCCUCCUACUCCGCCACCAACGAGACCUCCCCCACCACCGACUAGGCCUUCAACAUAUCUACCUCCUACAACAAGACAACCUCCUACCCGACCACCUACCCAACAAACUUAUUUACCACCACAAACAACUAGAAGACCACCUCCUAUCACAAGACCACCACCUCCACCUACCACUAGACCACCACCUACCACUAGACCUCCUACCUACUCUACCAUACUCCCAGAUUUCAGAACCACAGGAUACGAUUACCCCACACCCAAAGUACCAUUUACGAUACCUACUAGACCCCCUCCUACUAGACCACCUGUAUACAUUCCUCCAUCAACGACAAGGCCGCCUAUAUACAUCCCCCCAUCAACCACUAGACCCCCUGUAUACAUCCCUCCAUCAACAAGGCAACCAUACAUUCCUCCAUCAACAACAAGGCCCCCAUACAUUCCCCCAUCAACAACAAGACCCCCAUACAUUCCCCCAUCAACAACAAGGCCCCCAUACAUUCCCCCAUCAACAACAAGGCCCCCAUACAUUCCCCCAUCAACAACAAGACCCCCAUACAUUCCCCCAUCAACUCAAAAAUACAUCCCACCCCCAACAACUAGACCCCCAGUAUACAUAACUCCUCCAACCACAAGGCGACCUACAUACGUGCCACCCCCUACAACGAGGCCCCCUUUUAUUCCCGACCAGGGCUACUUCUAUGACAAACCUUUAGUACCUUUUGUGUUCUAAUUUCUAGUGUAAAAAAAAAGUUACUAAGAUGCCAUAAAUAUUUUAAAUGUGAUACCAAACUGUGUGCUUAGGGACGCAAGGAUGUUAUUGUUUUAAAUAAUAUUUUGUUUAUAUUAACGUUUUGUUGGUUGUAAGGGUACCUUUACACGGGCCACUUGCGAGAGUUGCGACGGUCUUUAGCUGUCAGCGAUACGCCCAUUUUUUCUACAUUUUGUAAGAUUGUUUUCGUUGGUCCACUUACAGACAGGCUACAACAUCACUAUUAUUAUUUGGACAAAAAGAUAACUCAUGUAGCAUUCCAUAGGUUACACCUCUCUGUCUGUUCUUCAGAUAAAAAUAGGUGUGGUUAUGGUUUGAUAGCAUUUAUUUACAUAAUCGUCAUAUAGUUGGUUAGCCAAUAACUAGACGAAACUUCCAUCUGGAAAUCCAAUACUUCUUAUGAUUAUUGAUUACCUUAUCCGCGGAAAGAAGUAAGUAUAGCGUUCUCCUCUGUUACGUAAUUCCAUAAAUAUGAUAGAGGCAAAAAUAUCUGUGGACGUUAACCAUUUUGAAUCACCAACCAAUCACAAACAUAUUUUCAAAAACAUUCGAAAUUCAAUUAGAAAACAUGGUUUCGUUUAUGAUUGGUUGGUAAUUCAAAAUAGUUAACGUUCACUGAGAUGAUUGGCUCUAUCAUUUGUAUGUGAUUACGUUAUAGAGAAACCGGUAUACACUAAGUUCUUUCCGCUGAAUAUGAUAUAGAUAGAUAUUGUUUGGCUGUCAAGAGAGGCCCGUGUGUAGGUUACCUAAAUUUUCAAAAACAAAUAAAUAUUACAUUCUUCUAAUGUUUGAAAUCUCAUGAUCUAGGAUUAAAAUUACUAUCUAGCUUAUAUAAAUAAAAGUUACCAUAAAAUCUAGUUAUGUUAUAUGUAUUGUUGCCUAAGUAUAUGUAUUUGUAUAUGUAUAUGUAUUUUUUAAAUAACUGUAAUACUCAAAAAUCUCGUAUAUGAAAUCGACACUGCCUUUAACUAAUUCUAACUUUAAGGUUGUAAAAUAUAUUUUAAAAUAAAAAUGUUUUUAAAGUUUA